CAAGAUUUGGAAAUGCAAGGAGUACUACUCCUAUAAAAAGUGUAUUUUUGUUAAGCCGUUCCUUUACCAAAUAAAUGUCAUUAAGCUAACGGAGAGAGAACCAAAGCGACCCCGAAGGAAUCCCGCAAAAUUUCCAGAGCGUACUUUCAUGUCCAUCUUGCCCUCCAAGGAUCUAAGUUCAGCAUCAUCUUCUUCGUCUCAGACUCCUUCCCCAAACCCUAAUUCCAAUCAUGGACUCGUCUUUCCACGUCAUCAUCAUCGACAACGACUCUCUCAAUCUCCUCCCAUCUCUCCCUUCUACCAAUCCACAUCUCUCCAGAUCUCUAACUCCAUCGACAUCCCCACCCCUAUUUCAGAACCGGUUGCUCCAGCGGCAGAAGAUUCUCGUGGAUCUCCCAAAAAGGUGAAUGAAUCUGGGAAGCCAAAUGGUAAGAAAUUUGUAGCCCACCAAAAGAAUGGUAGGAAAUCUCACAGUGAAAGGACAUCUGGUUCUAUCGAUUGUCAAGCAAGCAGUACUUUCGCUGCUGGAAGGAAAACCCAGAUGGUGAAUGGAAACCACUUGCUAAAUUUUUAUUAUGAUCCUAUUUCUCGUCCACAGUCAAGGGCUCCUCCUCCUCCCCGAAGGCAUCAAAAGAGGAAGCCUUACAACAAAGAUUUGUUCCUCCAAGCAAAUUACAAAUUUGUCGUCUUAGACUGUGGAAACUAUGGCCCAGAGCAGCUGGAUCCAGAUAAAAUGUUGAUGUGGGAAGAUAUUGUAUGUGUGAAGUUUUCAACUCCGUUUCCUGUACAGUGUCCUGUUUGUUUGGAUGAUCCACUUUGUCCACAAAUAACCUCUUGCGGCCACAUAUUUUGUUUCCCUUGCAUUUUACGAUACUUUUCGAUGGGUGAAGAUGAUCAUAAAGUUGAAUGCUGGAAAAAGUGCCCCUUGUGCUUUAUGAUGAUAUCUCCAAAGGAUUUGUACACAAUCUACAUUGACAGUGUUAAGCUGCACUGCAUUGGGGAUGCUGUUGAAUUUAUGCUUUUAACCCGUCAGAAAGAUUCAUUUACUUUAUCUCUGAAAAAUAAACAAGGAGUGGGUAUGAACGAGGAAUCUUCUGAUUCCUUUUCCAAGUUUACUUUCACAUCAGAUGUGGACCUGUCAGUUAGGAAGGCCAUAUCAGAUCUAGAUAGUUGGUUAGCAAGAGCAGAUUCAGGACUUGUGGAUGACUUGGAGAAACUUCCUUAUGUUUGUGCGGCAAUGGAACAGUUAGAACAGCGGAGAAAGUAUUGGAAUGAGCAGCGGGUUUGUCAGGGGAAUACCUCUUAUAAAUCUAGUGAUUCUCAGACAGGACCGGAUGGAUCUCCAACAACUUCAGAUCACGAAUCCUGUAAGUUUGCAUGGGGGUCACUUUCUACCAGUGAUAAUGGUAAAGCCACGUGGGUGGGAUAUCCAACUCCCGGUAAGUUGGAUGCUGAGGUCUGUUUGGAUCAAAUUGUUGAUGUGAUUGAACCAUUGGAAGACCAAGAGGGUGCUUUAUCUUCUUCAUAUGAAGAUAGUAAGAGUAUGCAAAGGAACUUUGAUGUCUUCAGGGAUAUAAAAGAGAAGGAUUCAUACAGUUUCUAUCAGGCAGUAGAUGGUCAGCACCUCGUUCUUCAUCCUUUAAACAUGAAGUGUCUUCUACAUCAUUAUGGGAGCUAUGAUAUGCUUCCUCACAGAAUCAGUGGGAAGAUUUUACAGUUGGAGACAGUGACUCAAUCAGAGGCCAUAAGGAGGCGUUACCGUUUCUUAAGCCAUUUCACUUUGACGACAACCUUUCAGCUUUGUGAAAUUGAUCUUAGUGAGCUGUUGCCUCCUGAUGCUCUUUCUCCGUAUAUGGAUGAAAUUAAGAAUAGAGAAAAACAGAGAAAGCGUCUUGCAAGGAAGGAACGGGAGGAGAAAAUCAGGGCUGAAGUUGCUUUGUCUCACUCUCUGCUCAUACCAUUUAAUUCUGCACAAUGCUCUUAUGACAAUCCCCCUACCUUUUCCAUGGAUGACUUUGAAGCUUUGGGAAGUUCUGCUGUUGCGUCAUCAAGUCCUCCUCCUGUUGGGGAAAGGAAGCUGUUCUCAAGUGUUGCAAAGCUUGGUUUUGCUGCAGGGCAUGACUCUCCAGCACUGAAAAUUGACGGUGCACAUUCUCUUUCUAAACAUGAAGUGGCAAGUGAUUCUUCUGGUCUAAAUGGCCUGAGGAAUGCAGGUCCCUCGUCAUUUGCGAACAUAAUAUCAAGAGCAAAAACUUCCGAAGAUGUUGAUGCACCAAAAAUGAAUGAGAUGGUGAAGAAAGGGAAGAAACCGAGUAGAGUUCUUCUGUCAACAGCUGGUGGUCGUCGCUACUGAAAACUAUGGCCUCAAAACGAUAUUCCGCCCUUGGCUUGAAGUUGUAAAUUCUGAUGGUAGUUGUAUUCUUAUACUUGUGUUUGCUCUAAGGCAUACUUAAGAUGUGACCAGAAAGAACAGACUCUUUUUUGCCAAGAGAAAGAACAAACUUGUGUACGCAUUAAACAACCCGUGGGGGAACCAACAGCGAUUAUGUUUGUUUAAUAGUACCCUGAGGGGACUGUCUGACGGAUUAAUAAUAGAUCAUGCAAUCGCAGUGCGCCACUUUUGUGCGCAA